UAUAUCAGUUACGACAUACCUAACAGCAAUGAUGAUACAUGGAUACCUCUUGAAUGGGCGCAGAAUUACAGAAUAAAAGCUUAUGUGGAGGUGGGAAGGUUUGAAGAGGCAAGAAAACUAAUCGAUGAAAUGUUGUACAAAACUGGUGGACAAAACAUCACGACAAUGGCUAAUUCGGCUGUUUUAUUUUUUGUAGAGGGCAAGGUGGAAAAGGUUGAGGAAGUUGUGAAACAGCUGAUAGAACUUUCAUCACUCAUCUCAUUCAAAUAUUUGAAGGCAGACGCCUUGUGUGAGCAGGCUUAUUUCUAUUUUGAAUUUGGAACAGCCGAAAAAAAUAUAGCUGGUGUAGAGCUACUAAACUGUGCUUUAAAGUCCACUAUUAGAUAUAAACAUGAGGCUGAUUUAAUGUUAGGAAUUCUACACAGACGAUGUCUUCAUUGGAACACGUAU